CGCCCCUCCCAGCUCCGCGGUCGGCGGGAGAGGUGGAGGCUCGUCGGGCUGCGGCGCGCGGGGACGGGCUUGAGAGUUGUUUUUCGGAUCCCCGGGUCUGAGGCGGUGAAAAUUCCACUAAAUCUUCCUAACGGGAUAAAAAUAAAAUGGAAAAAAUGGGAGAGGUGAUGACAGCAAUAAAAUUCUAGAAGCUGGAAAACAGAUGAAUGAAUGUGACUCAGCAACCAGGAAAGCCCAGUUUACGCUGAAUUCUCAAGGGCACUAGACCAGGGUUCCCUGGAAUUGGAGACAGGAAAAGAAGACUAAGGGAAAGCUAUUUGAGAAACAUUUCAAGUAACUGUACUGCCCACUCCUACGGAAGCCCGGAGAAGUCAUUCUCAAGCAUAGUGAGGCAAACCCUCAGACUGGUAGACUGCUCUGAGAAACUGACCAGCCCAAGAACAACAAUCCAAAAUAUUGACAUCAGAGGUUCCCCAGUAAAAGGCCCAUUCAGAACAACUGAAGUCUGGUGGCAAACCUAUGCCUGGCAUGUGUGUUAUUCUCCUAAGAUAUGUGUUACCUACAAAAGUGGAUUAAUUUUCAUGCUAAAUGAACAUGGCCAAUUCUUUAAGAGGAGAAGUACUGAACCUCUAUAAAAAUCUGCUGUAUCUUGGACGGGACUAUCCAAAAGGAGCAGACUAUUUUAAAAGGCGUUUGAAGAAUGUUUUCCUUAGAAACAAAGAUGUGAAGGACCCAGAGAAGAUCAAAGAACUUAUUGAACGAGGCGAAUUUGUAAUGAAAGAGCUAGAAGCUUUGUACUUCCUUAGGAAAUACAGAGCUAUGAAACAACGGUAUUAUUCAGAUACUGACAAAACUAACUGAUCAUUAUUACUGUAGAUUGACUGAAAAUCAGUGCCAGCUGUCAGCAUAUCCAAAAUACUGUGAAAUCACCUAACUUAAAAUGGCCUGGUAUGUAAAAAAUGAGCUGUUCGGCUGAUCGAGAGCAACUUCCGAUCUUUGCUGAUACUGAGCUUUGCCCACAACUUUGCUCAACUUUUAUUACUAAAAUAGCUAUACUAUCAAUUGUAAUAAUAUACUUAAUUCAUUUUACUAAUGAAGCCACUUAAUCAAAGUAAUUUAUGUAUUUAUUGUUCUUAAUAGUUGAAGUACUUUUUUGACCCAGUUUGGUACACCUGAAGCAUGUAUUCAAGGUCUGGUACAAAACAAAUAGACCUUAGUCUGGAAAGCAUACGAAGAUUAUGUCAGACCUUAAUGUAGCCUGCCAAUGACUGGCAUUACGUAACUUCAGUUAUUUCCAUUAAUUUGCUGCUGGCUCCUAACAGAUAAGCAGUUCUGUUCUAGUUACCAUCUUUCAUAAAAUGUAAUAAACUAUUACUUUUACUAUCAUCAAAGCAAUCUGUUGUACAUCUCCUUCUAAAAGGGUUAACAUGGCAAUGGACAGAAUCCUAACAUGAUUUUAAGUUUAAAUAAACAAACCUUUAUAUAAUAUUCUUAGUACAUUUUAAAAAUAAAGUAUAUUUCUAACUUUA